AUGUCGAGAAAUAUCUUGCAGAGUAUAGGCCUCGCUCAUUCUUUAAAAGUUUCUCAAAGAGCAACUACCUUUCUAUUGCGAAGAUAUGUCUCCCUUGCAGCUCAAAAAGAAUUUCUGAACAAAUCUUUAUCAGAUGCUGAUGUCGAAAUUUUUGAUAUCAUCGAGAAAGAGAAGAAACGACAGCGAGAGAGUAUUGUUCUCAUACCAUCAGAGAAUUUUACCUCUCGUGCUGUGAUGGAUGCACUAGGAUCUGUAAUGCAAAAUAAAUAUUCAGAAGGGUAUCCUGGGGCCAGAUACUAUGGGGGAAACGAGUAUAUUGAUCAAGCAGAGACUUGUUGUCAAAAGAGAGCAUUAGAAGCAUUCGACCUUGAUCCAGCAAAGUGGGGUGUCAACGUCCAAGCAUUAUCUGGCGCGCCUGCUAAUUUGUAUGUGUACAGCGCAAUACUUAAACCCCACGAACGUCUAAUGGGCCUUGAUUUACCGCAUGGCGGACAUCUUUCUCAUGGAUAUCAGACGCCUACUAGAAAGGUGUCAUAUGUAUCAGCUUAUUUCGAAACAAUGCCUUAUCGUCUGAAUGAAGAGACUGAUUACAUAGAUUACGAUAUGCUUGAGACAACCGCUACCCUAUAUAGACCGAAAAUUAUAAUCGCUGGAGCUAGUGCUUAUCCCAGAAAAUAUGAUUACGCGAGGAUGAAACAAAUUUGCACAAAAGUAAAUGCAUAUUUGUUGGCGGAUAUUGCACACACUAGCGGAAUGAUGGCGGCCGGAGUUCUCCCGGCACCGUUUGAGUAUGCAGACAUUGUUACCACUACAACACACAAGUCACUGCGUGGACCACGUGGCGCGUUAAUUUUCUUCCGUAAAGGUACCAGAUCAAUCAACAAGAACGGCGACGAAAUCCCAUAUGAACUCGAAAAGCUCGUCAACCAAGCGGUAUUUCCGGGUCAUCAGGGUGGUCCACAUAAUCACACCAUCACUGCAAUGGCAGUGGCAUUGAAACAGACAAGAUCACCGCUAUUUAGAGAAUAUCAGCAACAAGUUUUGGAUAAUUGUCAAGCGUUUGCUCGGGCAUUUAUGAAUAAAAACUAUAAAUUAGUAUCGGGUGGGACUGACGUUCAUCUUCUGUUAUUGAAUCUCAAACCAAAGGGCGUGGAUGGGGCGCGUGUUGAACGCGUGUUAGAAUUGGCAAAUAUUGCGGCCAAUAAAAAUACCAUUCCGGGUGAUAAAAGCGCGUUUGUUCCUGGCGGUCUUCGGGUUGGAACACCGGCCAUGACUUCGCGUGGAUUCGUUGAAUCAGAUUUUGAGAAAGUUGCAGAAUUUAUUGACCGGGGUGUACAAAUCACUAUCGACGUGGAUGAUAAAGUCAAAGACAAGAAGUUACAAGAUUUCAACAAUUAUAUUGGUGAAGAUGGGUCAAGCGAGCCUCGAAUAAAAGAGUUGAAAGAAGAAGUUGUUGCAUUUGCUAAGAAGUUUCCGACAGUUGGAUUUAAUGAGGACGAGAUGAAGUAUGCUUCAUGA